AUGAUCAUUCCUAUUCGCUGCUUUUCCUGUGGAAAGGUCACUGGUGACCUCUGGGAGCGCUAUCUUCAACUGAUCGCAGAUCCCCGUAAGACCGAUGGCGACGCUAUGGACGAGCUCGGUCUGAAGCGAUACUGCUGCCGCCGCAUGAUCAUGACCCACGUUGAUCUUAUUGAGAAGCUUCUUAAGUACACUCCCGAUGGACGAAGCGAGAAGAAGCAGAACCUUGGCGUUCAAUACUCAUAG